CGCGCGCCCAGACGCUCGGGGAAGCUCGCGGUUGCUCCGGGGCGCGCGCCGGCGGUCCUCGCUCGCUCGCUUUACCUGGCGGACCCGCGGCCGUACGCGGCCGGCGCUGCAGCCCUCGCCUCGGAGCCCGGGCCCCGCGGUGUGAGAGAGAGGGAAAGACAGAGACAAACGUCAAUGUGAGAGAAACACAUCGAUUGGUUGGCUCCUACGCAUACCCUGAUCAAGGCCCGGGGCCAAGGAGGAGCCUGCAACCAAAAGGUAUUUCAGUCAAAGGAAGAAAUAGCUCUUCUGAGAUGGAAUCUGUUGUUUGGGAAUGUGGUUGAUCAACUUGAUAUGUUGGCCAAAUGUGCCCUAUGUAAUAAAAUGAAAAGAAGAGACAAGAUGACGUCAUUUUCCUGUAUUGUGAAACCAAAAACAAAUGCCUUUUGUGAGAUCAAGCUAACAAACCUCUGACAGUGCAAAGAGUAUUUAACUGUUUGAAGAACUUGAUAGUAAAAUAUAGAAGAGUACUUCUUCAAGCUGAGACCUGCAGGUGUACAGAGAUCUAAAAUACAUAUCAUAGGCCUGAUCGUCCAAAUCUCAUUCAGAUCCAAGAAGGAUGGCUAUGAGUUGGAUCGUCUUCUAUCUUUGGCCCUUGACUAUGUUUGUGGGGCAUAUAGGUGGGCACAGUUUGUUUUCUUGUGAACCUAUUACCUUGAGGAUGUGCCAAGAUUUGCCUUACAAUACUACCUUCAUGCCUAAUCUUCUGAAUCAUUAUGACCAACAGACAGCAGCUUUAGCAAUGGAGCCAUUCCACCCUAUGGUGAAUCUGGAUUGUUCUCGGGAUUUCCGGCCAUUUCUUUGUGCACUCUAUGCUCCUAUUUGUAUGGAAUAUGGACGUGUUACACUUCCCUGUCGUAGACUGUGUCAGCGGGCUUACAGCGAAUGUUCAAAACUUAUGGAGAUGUUUGGUGUUCCUUGGCCUGAAGAUAUGGAAUGCAGUAGGUUCCCAGAUUGUGAUGAGCCAUACCCUCGACUUGUGGAUCUGAAUUUAGCUGGAGAUCCUACUGAAGGAGCCCCAGUGGCAGUGCAGAGGGACUAUGGUUUUUGGUGUCCCCGGGAGUUGAAAAUUGAUCCUGAUCUUGGUUAUUCUUUUUUGCACGUGCGUGAUUGUUCACCUCCUUGUCCAAAUAUGUACUUUAGGAGAGAAGAACUAUCAUUUGCUCGAUAUUUCAUAGGAUUGAUCUCAAUCAUUUGCCUCUCUGCCACGUUGUUUACUUUUUUAACUUUUUUGAUUGAUGUCACAAGAUUUCGUUAUCCUGAAAGACCUAUUAUAUUUUAUGCAGUCUGCUACAUGAUGGUAUCAUUAAUUUUCUUCAUUGGGUUUUUGCUUGAGGACCGAGUAGCCUGCAAUGCAUCUAGCCCUGCACAGUAUAAGGCUUCCACAGUGACACAAGGAUCUCAUAAUAAAGCUUGUACCAUGCUUUUUAUGGUACUUUAUUUUUUUACUAUGGCUGGCAGCGUUUGGUGGGUAAUUCUUACCAUCACAUGGUUCUUGGCAGCCGUGCCAAAGUGGGGUAGUGAAGCUAUUGAGAAGAAAGCAUUGCUGUUUCACGCCAGUGCAUGGGGCAUCCCUGGAACUCUAACUAUCAUCCUUUUAGUGAUGAAUAAAAUUGAAGGUGACAAUAUCAGUGGCGUGUGUUUUGUUGGCCUCUACGAUGUUGAUGCAUUGAGAUACUUUGUUCUUGCACCCCUCUGCCUAUAUGUGGUAGUUGGGGUUUCACUCCUUUUAGCUGGCAUUAUAUCCCUAAACAGAGUUCGAAUUGAGAUUCCAUUAGAAAAGGAGAACCAAGAUAAAUUGGUGAAGUUUAUGAUCCGGAUUGGUGUUUUCAGCAUUCUUUAUCUGGUACCACUCUUGGUUGUAAUUGGAUGCUAUUUUUAUGAGCAAGCUUACCGUGGCAUCUGGGAAACAACAUGGAUACAAGAACGCUGCAGAGAAUAUCACAUUCCAUGUCCAUAUCAGGUCACUCAAAUGAGUCGUCCAGACCUGAUUCUCUUUCUGAUGAAAUACCUGAUGGCUCUCAUAGUUGGUAUUCCCUCCAUAUUUUGGGUUGGAAGCAAAAAGACAUGCUUUGAAUGGGCCAGUUUUUUUCAUGGUCGUAGGAAAAAAGAGAUAGUGAAUGAGAGCCGACAAGUACUCCAAGAACCUGAUUUUGCUCAGUCCCUCCUGAGGGAUCCAAAUACUCCUAUUAUAAGGAAAUCAAGAGGAACUUCCACUCAAGGAACAUCCACACAUGCUUCUUCAACUCAGCUGGCUAUGGUGGAUGAUCAGAGAAGCAAAGCAGGGAGUGUCCACAGCAAAGUGAGCAGCUAUCAUGGCAGCCUCCACAGAUCUCGUGAUGGCAGGUAUACUCCCUGCAGUUACAGAGGAAUGGAAGAGAGACUACCUCAUGGCAGCAUGUCACGACUAACAGAUCACUCCAGGCACAGUAGUUCUCAUCGUCUCAAUGAACAGUCACGACAUAGCAGCAUCCGGGAUCUCAGUAAUAAUCCUAUGACUCACAUCACACAUGGCACCAGCAUGAACCGAGUUAUUGAAGAAGAUGGAACCAGUGCUUAAUUUGUUCUAAGGUGGAAAAUUUGUGCCGUUUUAUAAAGCAGAUUUUAUUCUUUGCCUUUAGCAUGACUGACUGCUGUAACUCACUGUUAUCAUGCGUUCAGUCAGGUGCAGAUGUGUCCAUUGGAAGAGUAAAUUUUUGCUUUUUAUAUUGCAUCAAACUUGGAAUAUCAAGGCGUCUUAAAAUUAUAUUGUCACAUAAAUAAUUCUUAUUUCUAGGUAACGAAGAGAGAAUUAUUUGUCUGGUAAGCAUUUUUAUAAACCCACUAUUUUAUAUUUAGAAAAAUCCUAAAUGUGUGGUGACUGCUUUGUAGUGAACUUUCAUAUAUAAUGUCAACUAGUUGUGAGACAACAUUCUAGUCGUUCUGUUAAUAAAACAAAAUUUCAGAAUUAAAGAAUUUUCUAUGCAAGGCUUAUUUCUCGGAUGAAUGGUAGGAUUUUGUAGUUUUAUUUCCAUAAGUGAAAAAGAACUGUGGUUUUAAACUGUAAGAGAAUUUGAUAAAUCAGCAAGGGUAUUUUAACUGAUAGAAUAUAAGAUCAACAGAAGAAUCUGAUUAGAGUAUUGAAGGCUUUUUCAAAAUUCUAUCAAAAUAAAUUUCAUCCAGAGAAAUACAGGAUUAGGAAUAUCAGUGGCCAUUUUUUCCCAGUAAGUGAGCUGUUUUUAUUACUUUUGUAAAUAUUCCUUUUACUGGCAGUGUUUUUAUAACUUAUCCAUAUGCAUGUUGGAAAAAAUAAUUUGUAGCCUUUUCCCAUGUAGUAAUAUUAAUUCGUAGAGAACUUUAUGUUCAGAUCUGUUCAUGGAAACAUGUAAUAAGAUAAGCAUCACACAUUAUAAGGUUUUUUUGUGGUAACCACAAUUACAAAAUGGCAAAAUGUUUUCUCUGUAUUCAUUGUUGUAUUUUUCUGCAGUGAGAUGUGAUCUUGCCAAAGCCACCAGAUCUUGACAUCCAGCCCCUCCUAUCAAUGAGUUGAUUGUCUGUACUUGCAUUGCCCAGUAGCAAAUAGGCUACAGCUUUUGCCCCCUCCUUUGUAUUCAGAUUCUGGAUCAGUCUUGUUUACAGCUGAAAUAUAUAUAACCUCGGUCCAAAGUGGUGAUUUAUAUGGGGUAUCUGAAAAAUCACUGUAACUAAAUGAAGCAUGAUUCGUCUUGCUGUGAAGUAUCUUGUAAUCUUAAAAAUAUCAAAAUUUUUGACAUUUUGUCUUGUAACAUUUAAAUAAUUUACAAUAAAAACUGGUAACUGUAUUAGGCAUGAAAUUGAUCAGAAGAGAAAGAAAAUUAUUGGAAAAUGCUGGAUGUAUUGUAUAGAAAAACAUUUUAAACAAGCAUGUCCUCAACCCCGACUAGAGGUAAGAAUCAUUUGGGGAACCUCUGAUGCUCAAGCCUUCCUCUCAUUCAGAUGAGGAUAGGUUUUUAAAUAAGUUUUCUAGGUGAUUCUAAUCUGUAGCCAGGCUUCAGGCUGUUUUGAACUGAUUUGCUUCUGUUGAUGAUCUGAUGGCGUCUCAUUAUAUCACGUGAAAAUGUAGGUGGACUCAAUAUUAUACUUUUACAUCAUUACCUGAUACAAAAUUGUUUUCCACUUUAUUUGUCCAUUAUGAAAUGUGAAAUGCUGACCCCACUCUCCAAAAUUCUCAUUCUGUAACUCAAAGAUGGUAAGAAUUUAAAAUCUGUAGUUAUAAAAAUACCAUUGGUGAUUCUUACGCAGAUAAUCCAAGAAUGACACCUUAGAAAAUAUUCUAAACUCCAGAGAGGCCUGGCUUUGUCAUUUGCUGGCUUUUGACCUUUAAAAAGUCAACUUCUCUGAGCUUUAGUUCCCUUGUUUGUAAAUGAAGAUAAAAGAUAAAUACCUACCUCACAAAGUUGUCAAAUAGGGGAUCAAAUGAAAAAUCAUAUGAAAACUCUUUGAAAACUAAAAUAUAAGGGAUUAAGAUUAUUGAGGUUUUAAGAGAUUUAUUUGAGGGCUACUAUCAUACAUUGCUUGACAUGUGUUUGGUUCAUGUGUACUUUUACUCUCUUUUUUAAAAAACAAAAAGUAACAAAGAAUUAGGUGUUGAAAAAGUAGCUUUUAUCAGACACAAAAGUCAGUUUUCUGGUAAUAAUUUAUAUAUCAUGUUUUUUUCAAAGUACAUGUUAAUAUUUUUGUUAUUAAUUCCGCAUAAGAUAUAUUUGAACAUUUGGCCCACAAUGUAAUUUUUUUCUGUCUUCGUUGUCUUUCUCCUUGGAAUUGGAGUAAGUGAUCAAGACAAUAUAAAUUCCCUCAUAACUGACAUUUAGUAAACCUUUUCUCUGAAGGCCAAAUUUACAACUUAUUUAUAAAUAAAUGAACAAUUCAUGAGGCUUUUGUCUGAGAAUCUCUCCUGAGAACAGCAUGAGAGGACCAACACAAGCAUUCAAAAACAAAAAUAAGAAGUUAAAAUAGAAGGUACCAGUUUGAGCUCAAAGAUGUUGUCAGUCAUCGCCAUCUGCAUUAUGUUAUCAAUUGCCAAAAUGUUAAUUGGUUUUCUUGUACAAGUGGCCAAGUAUAGACAGUUAAUUGAACAUUAUGAAAAUACUAAUUUUUGCUUCUUGAUUUUAUGUAUUCAUUUAUAUCUUCUCUAUUUAACUGUUGAUAUAUAUGUAAAUGCUAUAUUGACAUUUUAGUUCAGAAAAAUAUUCUAAACUCCAGAGAGGCCUGGCUUCUAUUGACAUUAAGAUACUGGAAGUAUCUUAAUUUUGCAACACAAAAUUUAUUUAAUAUUGUUAAUUCAUUGUUUUGAAUAACAAUAUUUAGUUUGGGCCAUGUUAUUUAUCAAACUAGUGCUCCAAAUUAAUUUGUUUUUCAAAGACAGUUGAAGAACUAUAUGUAGCGAACAGCAUUUCAAGUUUCAACUAGCUUAAACCAAUUUGAGCAAGUCUGGACAGCUUUCUUACCAUAUGUUUAAUUUGUGUUGUGAUUGGCACAUGAUAAUGUUUAGUGUUUUGUUCGUUCAAUUGACAGCUGAGAAAAUAAUAGUGCUCUCUCAAAUGUUAAUAUAUAAUCAAAAGGUUUUCAGAAAGUACUUUGAUUUUACCAAUAUUGUGUUUAAUUUAUUCAGGAGUUAAAAAAUCCAAGACAAUAUUAAGCUAAAAUAAUAGCUUCAAAGAAUAAUUGAUUAAUAAUUCAAUAACUAGCACAGGGCUUACUACAUAGUAAAUUUUUUAAUAAAUGAAUAACAUGUCAUACAACUCACUUUUACUCUUAACAGUGAGUCUCACUUCAAAAAAAAUUGAAGGGUCUGAAUUUAAACUAAGUGAAAUUAACUCUGCUUUACCAAAAUAACAUGUAACAAGUAAUAAGAAAUAAGUAAAUUAUACCAAAUGAAGCAUAUUUCCCAGUCCAUAUUACUAUUUAAACUAAAAUAUAUAUAUAUAUAAAGUAUAUAUACACACACACAUACACAUACACACAAACUUGUACCAACACUUUAUAUUCAUUUUUAAUGGUGAGAGCUAUUCUUAGAAGUAUUUAGGCUCUUUUUGGUUUUAUGUGAAAUUAAAUCUUUGGGUAUUAGUUGGGUGAAUAAAUACUUAAGCAAACCUUCAUUAGUAAUAAUUUUCUCUUUCUGCUUCUUCUUAAAGCAGAUUUAGAAAUCUAAGAAUCUCUUCAAAUUAGAAAAUUUUUUCAACAUUUUAACCUACCUCAUUAAUUUCUUUGUGAUAACAGCUGGAAAUAACUGAAAUUUGUAACUAUCUUGAUUUAGGCUAUAGCCCCAUGAAAUAAAAUGAACGACUUACAUUUUUUUUAUAAAAUAGAGGAUCAUUGGCUAAAACUUAGAAAACAUUAAUAUACCAAAAUUUCACUCUGGUGAUAUUUAUACCACUUUUGACAUGCCAAAGGUACAUUUAUAUAUAUUAUCAUACUUGGAUGACUUACAUAGUCUAGUGUAAUGAAAAUUCCACUGGGCUUGGAAUUCAAAAACCCAUAAUUAUGGUGUGAAGUGCACAGGUCAUUUAACUUCUCUUAGUCUCAGUGUCUUCAGUUGAAAAUGAGGAUAAGGCAAUUUUUGGUCCCAACUUACCUCACAGAAUAUGUGAGGAUCAAAUGAGAUGACAUGUAUUAUAAUGCUUUGUAAUCUAUAAAUUGCUCUACUUACAUGUUUCUGUUAGAAUUUGGGGGUUGUAGAUAACAAGGAUAUGGUCUUCAGUGUUAUAUAGCAGUAACAACAAAGUAGGCAGUUAGACCAGUGUUCAUUCGGUAUAAUGUUUAAAUCAACAAUCCAAUUAUCCUUUUAAAAAUGAGAUUCUUUUUCAAGAGUAGCUCUGCCCUUAAAUUGUGUUGGCUCUCUAUAAUACCCCAGUAUGCUCUCAAAUUUUGUAUGAUGGGUUUGUAGGUCCCUUCCAACAGAAAUUAGGGAUCUCUAGUAUAUGUUACCUUUGAUAUGGAAUUAUAUAAAAUCGCUUGGCUUCACUGAAAGUUGUAAGAAAAAUAAAAUAAGUGUAAGCCUUAUAACUUGUUUUCUUUGAGGACUUUCAUGUGCCUAAUUCUUCCUGAUUAAGAACAAGUUUUAAAAGGUGAUUACUGUAAGUUAUUGGUUUUCAUCACUGCAAAACUUUAAAUUGUAAGGUAUUGUCUUAAUUGUUUGUAUGUUUGUAUACAUAGUUUUUUAAACCUGCAUAAAAGGUAAGAAUUUCUCCAUUUUUUUCCUCAUGUAAGCAGAUGAAAGAUAACUUUAUAAAACCAAGAUUUACAGAGGAACUCAUGAUUCCUUUACAUUUCUUUUAUCCUUUUUUACAACUGAUUAAAAUGAGAUAAAGUGUUUACAUUUAAUUCAGCUAUGUUUCUUAGUAGCUGUAUAAUUUUAUACAUUAUUCUUAUUUCUGUCUGUUUUAUAUGAAAAAAUAAUGUUGACAUCUCAUAAUUUAAUUCUCUUUCCUUCUCUUUUGUUCCAGUUGUAUGAGUUAUAGGAAGAUCAAGCAUCCUUUACCUCUCUUAUAACUAUAAUCAGUUUCCUAGAGUUUUUUCCUAAUUUAACUUUAAUCCUUGAUUUCUUUUAUGGCCAAAUUCAUAUAGAAUUAUAAUUUUCUCUCAGGAUCCAAAAUCUAGGGGAAAAUGUUAAGGUCUGCCUAGCCAUCUUCGUAGACAUUACUAUUUUGGUUGAUAUAUAAAGAUUUAAUAUAAUUAGUUAAUAAGCCUAUUUCUUUUUCUCCGAUUUCUCUAAUUAGUAAAAAUUUUUUGCUGUAAAGAUAAAAGAAAGUUUCACUUAUGUUUUAGUCAGGUACUAUUCCAGUACAACAUUAUUUCCUUUAAGAGUAGUUCCAUCUAUUUAAACGCAUUGAAGGAUAAGUUUCUUCAGAUUAUUAUUUUUUUAAAGAAUCACCUAUCUCAGAAAAUUUAUUGUGUCCUUUCUUGGACAUUUUUCAAGGUAUGAUAACAUUGCUCAUAAUUUAUUCCUAUUUUAUUGGCCACUGUCACCAGUUUAACUUAAUACAAAAAGUUUUUUUUUAUAUUGUAAUUUAGAUUUUGAGAACUCAGAGUUCCAUAAUUUUGGUAAUUACCAUUCACUAGUAACAUCUAUAUAUAUAAAACCCUAAUAUGCAAAUAGACCAAACAGUAGAACAACCAAACAACUGAAAAACUAGUCGC